GGUGUUACCCAAAAUCAAUAUUGAAGAAAAACAAACUCGCAAGGAGUUUAUGGAUGAGUUUGUCGGUAUAAUUCAAGCUGUUGGUGACAAUUUGUCAAAGCUUUCUGAUUCACUGAAGAAGGCGCAAGAAUUCUUCCCAGGAAAUGAGUUGGUAUCUAAAGUGGAAGAGUUCUUGUCAAAAAUGGCAAAAGAACCAUCAUUAAGCCAAGAUGAGUGGUCUGAUGACUUCAUUAAGGCUCUGUUGGAAAAAGAAAAAGAGUUGUUGGAUGCAAUUGAGCUGGAGAAAAACAAAGCAAAAAAGGAUAAGCAGAGAUAUGAGUAUGAUAUCAAGAAUGCAUUCGACUUGGGACUUUCACCAUCACCGAUAAUAGAUGAUGACAAGUUGAAACGUGAGAAAGCUGGUACAUCCACCUCUACGCCAAAUUUGUGA